UAUGGCUAACUGAAUGGAGAUAUGAACAUUUUCAGUGCAUUGUCAUUUGUCAGUGGUUGACAGAAAGCGAAAACAAAUACAAGAUUGUACUGGUUUGUUUGUAUGGUUACAGCGAGUUUGAUGUGAUAUUUAUCUUCAAUUGCACAUGUUUUACUCACUAACCAUUUAAAUGUUUCAGUGAUAAGUUAAUAUCGAAAUUAUCCCUUUCCCUAUUGUACAGCUCACUGCUGUCAAGGUCUGAUUAAAGCUGUCACCAUUUAAGACAGUGAAAUGUGGCAUGAAAGUAUUAUUACUUAAACAAGUUUGAACAUGAAUCUAACAAAACAUUUUGUAGUUCUCGGGAGCAUUAUAUUUGGUUUUAUUGACAUCAGCUGGUGCGCGUGUGGCAGCACUGUGUAUGUGCCACCCAAUGGAGUCAUUUACAGCCCCAAGUACCCAAGAACUUAUGAUAACAAUACCAACUGCAUGUGGCACAUCAACUCACGAGAACCCAGAGCUACAAUAGUGCUCAGCAUUGAAGACCUUGAUAUAGAGCCUGAUGACUCAGAAUUAUGCCAGUACCCGAGGUCACGGCCCUGCUGCAAACACAACUGGCUAUCGCUGCCCUUGUCUGGGUCUGGGAAGGUGAAGACACAACAGCUAUGUGGAAGUCGGCUCCCUUCCAAGCCCAUCCUGGUGCGAGCCGCAGAGGUUGCAGUUAAACUGCAUAUCUCUCGUGUGGACAAGGGAGGCAGAGGGUUCCAACUGGCGUACAGGCUAGUGAAGCAAGAGGACUGUUUGUUGGCUGGAAUGGUGCCAUGUGGGCCUCGUGCUGACGCGGGUUGCUAUCACAACCUGACGCAACGCUGUGAUGGCGUGCGGGACUGCGCAAACAGUGCCGAUGAGGCCUCGUGUACAGUGUGCCAGGUCAGCUGUGCCGGUGGUGGUUGCUACUCUUUGACACAGAAGUGCGAUGGAAAACCUGACUGCCAAGACUAUUCCGAUGAAGCUGACUGUGGUUUCUGUGAGAAAGGAAAGGCCCUGUGUUCUACAGCCACACACCACUGCUUUGACCCUUCCACAGAACGGUGUGACGGCAGGUUUGAUUGUCCUUGGGGUGAAGAUGAGGUGGGAUGUGUGCCUGGGUGCGAGAACAAGAUCGCCUGCUCCAGCGGAGAAGGUUGUUACUUACCCUCACAACGAUGUGACACACUGUCCGACUGUCUGGACUCUUCCGAUGAGAAUUUGUGUCCCCACGAGCUUUGUGCUAUGAUGCAUGAUAGGCGACAAUGUCACAACGGCCACUGCUUGCCUGCUACACUUUGGUGUGACGGCACUGACGAUUGUGGUGACAACAGUGAUGAACAAGCUUGCCUUAAGAACUCCAUGAUUGCUCUUGCGAUAAUGGGCUGCCUGUUUUGUGGCCUACUGCUGGUGGUGGCUGUCGGUUGUGCCUUCCGUAUCUACGGUCAACGGUACUCCCUUUCGCCCUCCAACUACCACCUCCACAUCUCACCUCAUCUUGCCUCCAGGUUCAGGAUGUCCACGUCAGUUUCACUCCCAACGUUGGUGGACGAUGACUACUUUCACAGAGAACCACCACCAGCGUACUCGGUUGCUGUCGGUGAGAGCGAGGCCAAUUUGCAGAGUAUGCCAGCUGGUAGACCCAGGCGGUUGCGGAGACAGCGGCUCAGGCCCGUCCCACCCCCACAGGUGGUGUUGAAGCCUCCAGAUUCUCCGCAGUGUGAGGCCAGUUCCUCCCAGAGUUCCCCCAGCCGUGGGAGUAUCACAUCCUCCUACCUCUCUGGAACUGAUGACACCCUGCUGCUUAGUUCGUAGCAGAAACACUUCUAGUCUUAUCUUAAAUUUGGUUCAAGGCACUUGGCGUUAUCGUUGGUACAGUAGAGUCACCACGGACAUAAGCACAGACAUGAUAACAGCAAGUUUCCAAAUGUAUAGGCUUUAAGCUGUAUUGACUCUAGUUUGACUGUGGAAAAGAAACAGGUUUUUGAAAUCUAUUGCAAUUAAUUUCGUACAUCAACUGUUUUUGUUCAUAAAUAUGCCCACAAGACCCGCAGCAUGAGCCAACAUUUUUUUUUUAUAAACUUCAAUUUUAAUUUUCUCAAGAACCAUUUAACAGGAUAAGCACUGUGUGCAUAAUAUUUUCCAACAAUAACUAAAAAUAAAAUACCACGAAUUUUAUAAUUGGUACAAUACCAUUUUCUAAUCUUAAAGAGAAUAAUCAGUGAUCAUGAUCAUCUUCUUGAUAUCAUGGUCUCUAUCAAAUUAUUCGCUUCCCCCCCCCAUCAUUAAUAAUAAAAUGAUGCACAGUUUGGAUAAGUGAGAUCUGUUGUAAGUAGAAUUAUCUCUCCAGGUAACAGUUGCUGUAAUGAGCACUAAUAUUGGCAAUAAUUUUUUGAAAUUAAUUUCCAAUCUUUUAAAAUUACUUAACUUUGAUAUAAGUGAAAUUAAUUAAUUUAAUUUCCUCAAGGAUAAUAAAUUAUUUCAUCUAUAAAAUUAGUGUUUUGAUAUAUGUUAAAAGUAAGUCUAUUAAUUUAUGUUAUAGCAAAAUCGCAAAGUAGCCCUUAUUUUUAUUUAUACCUGAACAAAUUAAAGUAAUUGUGAUUGACUAAAUCUAAUACUUAUGUCUCUUAAUGCAGAGAUUAGCUUCCCUUGUGUUUCUGUAAAUUUAGCAAAAGUACCUCUAAAGUAUUAUUUCAACAGGAAUUGUAAAUUUUGUACUCAUUUUGUUGUGUAAUUUUUCCUCCCUUUUCAAUAAAAGAAACAGUUUUAAGAAAACUGUUAUGCAUCAGAAAACCCAUUUGUGUAACUUUAAAAUUAUGGUACAGAAAAAUAAAAUUCCUCCUCAGUACCACCUCACUUUUAAAAACAUUUCCAAUUUUCUCAAACGCUUACUGUUGAAAUACUAGCUCCUAGAAUGUGAAGCAACAAAUUAAUCAAGUGAAUUGUUGUAAUGAUUAACGAGUUGAAUCCUGCUACCAGGCGAUUGCUGGGGUACUUUCCCUUGUCUAUUAGGCGUUGUAGUUAAUAAAAUAGCUAACAUGUUUUAACAAUAAAAAUAAAUAAAGGCGUAGCAUCUAAAUAAUCUGUGUAAGUGGGGACUCUUCUGUUCACUCUAGUGACAUAAAGCCAUCUGCAAUUGGCUGCAGUUUUUGUUUGCCCUGAUUUAAAGUAACCUAACUAACGCCAUGCCAGCUCCAAGUAAAUACUAUUAUUCAACGUGAUAUUAAAUUGCUUAAAUAAAUAGUUUUUUCAUAUAAGCUUCGGUGUUCUUCAAGACUUUCAUUAGAGUUUUGCUCGUAAGGGAGUGAACCCUUCCUUAUCAUGCUGUCUUUCUAUUUUUCAAAGUCUUAUAGUGUGUAUAAUUUUUUACCAAGUAAACUAGUGCAUAUCGCAUUUUUCAAAUGCGUAUCUUGUAUGUAGGCAAGUUAAUGCCACUAUGCUUACAGUAAUAUUGUUUUGUAAUAAUAAGAUUGUACAUAUAUAUAUUUUGUUUGAGUAGGUUGUGUCUAUUGGAAAGUAGUGUUGAGAUCUGAUAAGCGGUAUAUGAUUUUAAAUGUGUAUUGUGUAUGAUACAAAAUGGAGAUGUGUAUAAAAUAUCUUUGACAUAAAAUGUAUAUUCGGUUACUGAA